ACCGCGAACACCACUAUUUCUCCGUGCACAAAUAAUUCUUAUCGUUCGCGGAAAAUAUGCUGGCUCUGGUGCUACUGCUCAUUUGUAAUGGUUUUAUCGGUGUGAUCGGUGAUGAAAAGGAUUCCACGGAUGAAAAGGAUUAUCGGGAACCGCGCGUGGAUGUGGGAAAAUGUUUGGACUUUUGCCAUUUAAAAUAUAUUCCAUACUUGCUCUGCAAGGACGAAGACGAUAAGCUCGUUAAAAAUCCCUGGGAAACCUGCCAUCGAGGUCAUUGUGAUAAGGACAAAAUUAAACUUAAAUACGUCACUAACGACGGGACUAAAAAACGUGAAAAUUAUGUACCGAAAACAAGAGUCGGAGAAUCGGCAUAUUUUAAAUAUCUGUGCUUGGAUCGGAGGGGUCUGCCUCAGAAGUUGAAAUGUGAGCUUCGGGAUGGCGAUCGUAAAUGGGAGGAUGACGACAAAAUUAGGUGCUAUGAGCCCCAGGAGUUAAGCUCUCAUCUCAACCUGCUGGUUACGGAGAAGCCCCCGGAUAUGAUACCCCAGCUAAACGAAAUUCUCAAUCAUUCCAACGUAACGCUCAAGCCCGUAGAUAUUUCAAGUAUUGCCGAGAUUAUAAAGAACUCCUUCGACAUACCUGACAAAGAGGCCUCAAUGGCAACGCAUCUCAUUGGCAUAAGCCUUAAAGUUAUGGAAACUGAAAAGGAGACUCUUCGGUUGUCCGCCGAACUCAAUGCCACAAAUACCCUUCUCAUCAACUUCGAGGAUAAUCUGAAUGCCUUGGCCCCUAAACUGUUAUCCGAAAUUCGGGAAUCGGACCCCAGCCCAGCCUCCAAUGAUGUCAUCAAGUCAGAGAUCUAUUGGGAACUGGGAGUCAAGGCACUUAUCAGCAGCAAUCUAAGUGUAUUCUUUGUGAAUCCUGACAUUGCCAAUGUCACUGGCAUUUCCUUGCACUGGAACGUCAAGAGUAGCCAGUGGAGCUAUAACGUUAUAUAUUCAUCAAAUCAGACGGAAAAUAUUAGAAAUCUUGAGAAUCUGGAGUCUGCAGCAUUUUUGCCCGAUAAGCUCUGGCAAGAGGUGAAGAAAAAGGGGGCAAAAUAUCUUAUCUUCAAGGUCUACAAACAAGAUGUUCUUUUUGUGGAAACGGAGGAGGAGCUCCACAGGCGACCCACCAGCGUCGUUAUCUCCAUAACCAUAUCGGGAUGGCAUGAACAUAAUUUACCCGGGAAGCUGCCCAUUUUCUUGCGAAAUGGCAACACAGACCCCAAUCUCUCGGAGGGUGGAUGUGGCUACUGGAAUUAUGCGACAUGGCUCAGUGACGGUGUUUCCACAUUGGCCAGUGCCGGCUCUAACUUCAUUAAUAAUUCCAUGAUCCUUUGCUUCGCCGAUCAUCUCACCCAGUUCACAUUUCUUUUGGGAGUGGGUGGGCGUAAAACUGAUACGCCAGACCUUCACGACUACAUAUUGGAUAUUUUAACCAAUGUGGGACUGUGCUUGUCUCUCGGAGGGAUCUUCAUUAUUUUUCUUACGGCAAUUGUGUUCAGUCAUUUUAGGAGAAUGGCCUCCACGAAAAUAUUACUUAACUUCUGCUUUGCCUUGGCCAUCCAGUUGAUCGUCUUUCUGGUUGUGAGUAACGUCAAGAUCUUGGACCAAGUUAAGCUCAAGGAACGUUUCAAUAUCGAUGAGUGCAUUUUCAUGGGAGCCCUGAUGCAGUACCUCCUGCUGGUCGUUUUUGCCUGGAUGCUGAUCAUAGCCUUCCUGCAGUACAAGAGAUACGUCACUGUGGUGGGGGUUUCCCACCCAGAUCAUUACAUUCUAAUGUCAGCGAUUGUGGCCUGGGCACUACCCCUGGUGCCCACUCUAUUGGUGGUGUUCCUGGAUGGCCAAUCCUACAUUCCCACGGACCCAACCCAGGAGCUUCCAAUCAUCUGUUAUCCCUCUGGCCGAGGUCUUGGCCUGGGCGUGAUUCUGCCCAUUGGACUGGUAACUUCGGUCAACACUCUGAUAGUUGGGAUUAUUUUUUGGAAAGUUGACCAGAACCUGAUCCAACGUAAGAUCAAGAUUCAGAUGCGACUCUUCGCCCUGCAAUUCUUUCUGCUGGGCAUCUCCUGGAUCUUUGGCCUGUGUGUGGUUUUCGGGUUCGGCAUAGUCUUCUCCUACCUCUUCUGCAUAACGACCCCACUACAAGGCUUCAUAUUGUUCCUCUACUUCGUAGCUUUCAAAAAGGAUAACCAACUGGCAUGGAUGAGAUUGUGUUGCCUGAAGAGCAGGAAGAACCUCGUAAGAGAGCCGGAUACCUCAGACAUAGCAAUGGAUCCCGUGAGUCAAGGAAGUCAAAAUACUUUAUCCUCGAUGCGAAAAAUACAAACCUAAUUCAAAUAAUUCAGUUCAAUAACUUAAAUUAAGUUACUUAAAAUAUCCAAAAUUAAAUAAUGUUCGAAGAAGAUUAUCGGCAAAAAUGAAUAAUGUACGUUAUAGUCAUAUUUCAAUCUGACUCAAAUUAAAACUUAAGCCAGAUAUCAAAGUCUUAGUGUGUAAUGACUUAUCUUUAAUAAAUGAAAUUAUUUAUUCAAAUGC